AUGGCGGAAGUUAGGAAGGGGCAGUGCUCAAGUUUGAAUCAAGUGUCGAAGACCUGGAGGAAAAUGUGGAGCUUGCAAGCACCUCAAGCCACGAAGUCCUUUAUGUGGAGAGCAGCCAAGGAGUCCCUUCCCACGUGUUUGAACUUGUAUAACAGGAAGAUAGUUGAUUCUCUCCUUUGUCCAAUCUGCUCCAAGGUUCUGAAACCUAUGUUAGAGAAUCUCUCCUCCCAUGAGCUAAUAGAAGUGGCAGUUAUAGCAAGAGCUCUAUGGAACAGGAGGAAUUUGUGGCUGUUUGAGCAAUUAUUUCAUUUACCCUUCCAGGUGAUAAGCAGGACUGAGUGGACUGCCCCUCCACCAGGUUUCUACAAGGCUAAUUGGGAUGCAGCAGUGGAUAAAGAGAACUCCAAGAUUGGUGUGGGAGUGGUUGUAAGAGAUUUGAGUGGUUUGGUCAUAACUUCAAUGUGUUCAUCCAUGUCCUUAAAUCCAGAUCCUUUGCUGGGGGAAGCAGUAGCAGCUCUUAAAGCAUCUACACUUUGCUCUGAUAUAGGAUUGAAUCAGGUCAUGUUAGAAGGAGAUUCAUCAGCAGUGGUUCAAGCUGUCCAACGUAGAGAUGAGUGUUGGAGCCCCACGGGUCUUGUGGUUAGAGAUAUUAAGCUUGUUUUGUCUAGAAUUCGUUCUUGGUCUAUUCAUUACAUUUCUAGGAAGUUCAAUGUAGUAGCACAUGUGCUAGCUAAGUUUGCUUUGACAUGUUCGGGGGAACAUACCUUUAUGGAGGACUACCCUCCAUGUAUUCAGAAUCUACUUUAG